AUGCUAAUCACUGAUUAUUACUGCAACAACCUUCUCAGCCCCGAAUGGGACCCAAUCCAGUUCAAACCUCGGGGAGAGCGGUUCGAAAUCCUGCACCAGCCAGUCGAAUGCAUCCGAGCCAUAUGUCUGGCACCCCGCGAGUUCAAUCUUCCAAACAGCUGGACCUUUUUUCUUUCCACAUCUGAAGAAAACCUGACGGCGGUAAGGCUUCAUUGUCAACCAACCUACGAACGCGCACCCACCGUUCUUGAAAAUGGCUCCAAAGCCAACAUUGUGUUUCAAAAGAGAUCGACCUUGGUCCCACCCAAUGGGCAAUUGACCUUUGUUCUGACCGUGAACCCGGGAUUCACAGUGGGUGAUAUCCACCAGAUGAUCGUUGCGAAUAACCGUCACAAAUAUGAGAUUGACAAUGACGGUUGGAAUGGCCGAACAUGGGUUUAUGAUCAAAUCGAUCUCUUCAACCAGCAUGGCAUAUUCGCCGACCAGGACGAGGUCUCACUGGUGAAUGAUGGAAUCCAGAAAAGGUGGCCAGGGGAGUUUCCUGACCCGCUUGAGAUGGGGACUUACUAUGGGUGA